AUGACUGAGAAGGCGACACUCCCUGAACCCGAAUAUGAAGCCGACAAUGUACAACCGGACUCGACGGUCGCGGAUCAGAAUCAGUCUAGCCAGCUGAAUGACGAUGGCGCCAAGCGGAGAAUUAAUGGGGGCACGCUGGCGUGGUUGAAUGUGCUGGCUGGGUUCUGCGUUUUUGUAAAUUCUUGGGGAGUUUUGACUACAUUUGGCGCGUUUCAAGAGUACUACCAGACUGAACUGUUGCCGGAUCAAUCGCCCUCUGCAAUUUCCUGGGUGGGCAGCAUUCAAGCAACGUUGAUCCCCAUGGUCGGCCUGGUGUCUGGCCCAUUGGUUGACUCGGGAUAUUUGCGCCCGUUGAUGAUCUCGGGGAGUUUCCUCACAGUAUUUGGAUUGAUGAUGACUAGCCUUGCUACGGAGUACUAUCAGGUCCUCCUAGCACAAGGCUUCUGCGUCGGAAUGGGUGGUGGAAUCAGCUACAUCCCAGCCUUGACUAUGAUUUCGACAAGUUUCACUACGAAACGACCAAUUGCCAUUGGUAUAGCGUCAAUUGGAUCUAGCGUCGGGGCCGUCAUCUUUCCAGUGAUGUUCCGGCAACUCCAGCCCAGGGUGGGAUUUCCUUGGGCAGUCCGGAGCAUUGGUUUCGUGACCCUUCUUAUGGCCAUCGUCGCAUGUGCUAUCCUAUGUCGCCAACCAAUUCUGAAAACACGUGCACGAAGUCUGAUCGACUGGACUGCUUUCCGUGAAGGCCCAUUUAUGCUAUUUUCUGUAUCCUUGACCUGUGUGAUGCUGGCAUAUUAUGUGCCAAUCUUCUACGUCGCCUCGUACGCACGCACUGUGAUCCAUACGACAACAAGUCUUUCAUUCUACAUGGUCGCAAUUGUGAAUGGAACCUCUGUGGUUGGUCGUGUGGUCCCUUACCUUCUUGUCGCCUAUGUGAAGCCGAUCACAAUUGUGAUCUUCGGUGUUAUCGGCUCAGCUAUUGCCAUGUUCACUUGGAUUGCGGUAUCCAAUAUCCCAGGCUUCAUCGUUUGGGCCUGCUACUGGGGUAGCUUGAGUGGUAUCCUUGUGACUGGACCUACCUCUAUCGUCGCUCAUCCAGUCUUCUGUCCGGACGUUAAAUUAACCGGCACUCGUCUGGGCAUGAUGUGGGGAAUUUCUUCGUUCGGCGCACUGGCAGGAACACCGGUUGCGGGGGCAUUGGUCAACCUGGAUACUGCCGAUUUUCUGCAUGCUCAGGUCUUCGCUGGCUGUGUGAUGGCGGGUGCCGUCCUGUUGCAGCUAUGGCCUGCUCUUAAGGUGCUGCAAUAUGAUCGAAGUCACCCCCGGAAAUAG